AUGUCGGGUGCAGUUGGCCGUGAGCCUGUUUUUCCGACUCGCCAGUCGCUGGGGUUGAUGAAGAGCAAGCUGAAGGGGGCGGAAACCGGUCACAGCUUGCUUAAACGUAAGAGCGAAGCUCUGACGAAGCGUUUCCGAGAGAUCACACGCCGUAUCGAUGAGGCAAAGCGCAAGAUGGGUCGUGUCAUGCAAAUUGCAGCUUUCUCCCUCGCCGAAGUGAGCUAUGCUGUUGGCGGAGAUAUCGGAUACCAAGUGCAAGAAUCGGCCAAGCAGGCCAGAUUCCGGGUCCGAGCGAAGCAAGAGAACGUUUCUGGUGUCUUUCUUCCGCAAUUCGAGAGCUAUACCCAGGAGGGUGUCAAUGACUUCGCCUUGACUGGACUCGGCAAGGGAGGACAGCAGAUUCAGCGAUGCAGAGAGACCUAUGCUCGGGCUGUGGAGACCUUGGUCGAAUUGGCCAGUCUUCAGACCGCAUUCUUGAUUUUGGAUGAGGUUAUUAAGGUCGUCAACCGAAGAGUAAAUGCAAUUGAGCAUGUUAUCAUUCCUCGCACUGAAAACACUAUCAAAUAUAUCAAUUCCGAGCUUGAUGAACUUGAUCGCGAAGAGUUCUACCGCCUGAAGAAGGUCUCUGGCAAGAAGCAGAGAGAUACUGCCGCAGCUGACGCCGAGAUUCUUGCAGCUCGGAAGAAGCAGGAAGCUGAAGAAGCGGCGGCGGGCGGAUCUGCUCCAGCGAAACCGGAACCAGAAGCAGAAGCUGCCGACGUCCUCGGGGAGAAUGAGGACAACGAUGUCAUUUUCUAA